AUGACUGCGACAGCGGCAUAUCAGCGUGAGGCGGCCGCCACCGUGGGCCUGCGUCUGCUGACGGGCGCCGCACGCGCGAGGCCGGCGGUCGUGGGCGCGCUGCUGUCGGCGCUGCACGCGCCCCUGCUGCUGCACCCCAAGGCGGCGGUGCGCAAGGCGCUGCUCGAGCUCGCGGCGGGGGCCACAGCCGAGCCUGAGGGCGGCGUGGCGGCCGGCGGCGCGGCGACCGGCGGCGCGUUCCAGGCCGGCGCGGCGCUGCUGGCGUGCUUGGCGGGCGACAGGGACGCCACUGUGCGCGCCAAGGCGCUCGCGCUGCUGGCCGCGGCGGCGCCAACCCUAGUCCGUGGCUUAGCGGCGCCCUAUGACGGCAGUGACGGCGUCGGCGCUGGGAGCGGCGUGAGCGCGGCAGUCAGGUGUGCCGCUGUUGAGCGCCUGAUGGAUAGCAGCAAAACAGUGCGCCGCGGCGCGCUCCAGCUGCUUUCAGCGCUUGUGGUCGAAGCCAAAGCCUCUGGAGCCGCGCCGGCUGCGCCGCAGGCCGCCGCCGAGGCGCGCGGCGGCGAGGUGGCCGAGGCUGCGGGCGCCGCAGCAGGGGGCGUGAGCGCGCUGCUCGCGGCGGCGAUCGGGCCGCUGCUGGCGCUGGCCGACACGCCGCCCGCCUCGCCGGCGCACGACGAGGCCUGCCAGGCAGCUGCUGUGCAGCUGCUGCAGGAGCUCCCAGGGCAACUCGGCAUGAGCGCGGUGCUGCGGCUCGUCGUGUCGUGCGGGAGCGGCACUGCCGCGCUCGUCUUGCUUGACGGGCUGCUGACGCCCCAAGCAGGGCCAGCCCGCAACAGCACCAGAGGCCACGCCCGCAGCAACGGCGGCGGCGGCGCGGGUCGUGGUGAGGGGUUGGCGUACUCUGAGUGGGAGCACGAGCUGGCGCGCAUGCGGCCAGAGGAUGCGCUGCUUCUGCGGGACCUGUGUGCCCAGCUGGCGGCGGGAGAGGGCCACGGCGGCCAGGCCGGCCACGCCGCCGGCGCGCGAGCCGCGCUGGAGCGGCUCCGACGGCACGGCUACGCGGCCGUGUCGGCCGCCCUGGGCGGCCUGUCCGGGGCCAGUAUCGACGUCGGCGGCGGGCCCGCGGCGGCGCCGCCGGCCGUCGGUCGAGGCCCGGCCGCGGGCGCCGUGAGGCGCCUGGCUGCGGCGGCGCGCGUGAUUGCGGUCUCUGGAGGCCUUGGCGGCGAGGAGGCAGCGGCGGGCGACGCGCUUGGGGAGGCAGCGAUACUUGGGGACGUGCUCGAGGCUCUGCUGCCCCCGCGCCAGCUGGCCAGCGCAGGGGCGAAGGCAGCAGCGGCGGCGGCGGUUGGCAGGGCGAGCGCUGCGGAGGCGGCCUCGACGGGCGCGAUGGCCGCGGCCGGCGGGGCGAGCGAGGCCGAGCUCCAAGAAGGGGGCGGCCUGGCAUGCGAAGACGGCAUAUAUUGGGCCCUGCAGGCCGCGGCCGUCGCGGCGGAGGGGCCGCCGCGGCCGGGGCUCGCGCCAGUGCUGCGCUGGCCGCUGCUCGCGCACCUUGACGCGCUGCUGGGCUGCCCCCUCAGCUGCGUGGACCUUGGAAUGCAGGCGCUGCUUGCUUCUCUGGAGGCUGCAGCCCUGGCGCCCUGGUCGCCUGCACCAGACGAGUCUACUGUGAGCAACGGCGCGGAGGCUGCCCCCCAUGAGCCACCGCUGCGGCUGCGGCAGCUGCAGCCUCACCACCAGCAGCACCAGCACCAGCAGCAGCAGCAGCCGCGGGCCCUCGCAGCAUACCUCAUCCUCCUCCGCCACCUCAGCGCCCGCUACUCGCACGCGGCUGCAGCCUUCAAGGCCCAGCUCGCCGCGGGCCGCACCGCGGCCGUGGCCGCUGGCCAAAUCGCCGCCGCAGCCGGUGGCCCUGCGCAGCACCCCCAGGACGACGCCGCGGCGGGCGGCGGCUGCGGCUACCUGGAAGCCGAGGCGCAGCUGCGUGCUGACGAGGAUGCGGCGGCUCUCUACCUGGACUCUCUGCUGGAGGACGGCACCGCACCUGCGUCGCGCCUGCCGCUGCUGGCUGCGGUUGCUGGGGAUGAGGGGGCGCCGGACUAUGCGCGGGUGCUCUCGCUACAGGCGCUGCAAGAUUUCCUGCUCCUGUCAGACCGCCUCGCCGACGACCUGGCGCCCACAGCCCUCGCUCCCCUGCUCGCUGCGCCGCCGGGCAGCAGCAGCGCCGGGGCCGCGCCGGCCGCGCUGCUGCUGCAGGCCGCGCGGGGCGCGGGCGCGCUCGUGGCGCGGCGGCCGAGGGCGGCGCCGGCGGCGCUGGCGGCGCUCGAGCGGGCGAUCCUGUCGCAGCUGGAGCGGCGGCGCGGUGGCGGUGGCGGCGGCGGCGGCGCUGGCGCGCGCGCGGGCGCGCCCAACGAGGGAGCGUCCCCUCCGGCAGAGUGCGGCGCCGGCGGCGCGGCCGGAACGGCCGCGCGCCCGGACGAGCCUCCGUCCCUGGCUGCGGCCGCGGCGGCGGCCUACGCGGGGGCGGUCGCCGGCGACAGCCUGGUGAUGUCAUCCUCGUCAUACGCGGCCAUCUCUGCCUGUCUCAUGGCUGAGGAUGAGCAGGUGGCCCUGAUCGCCGCCGCCCUGUCCCGCGACCUGCUGCGCACGGCGCCCCCCCACCAGCGCCGCAAGCUGCUGCUCGGCCUGCUGGCCCACGCCCCCGCCAGCGCCGGCGCGGCGCUCGCGCGCGGGCCCGUGGCCGCGCUGCUGCGGGACGCGCCCGGCGGCGGCGGAGAGGAGUUGGCGCUCGCGCUGGUGCAGGCGCUCGCCGGCGCGACGGCGGCCUGCGGGGGUGCGCCGGCGGGCGGCGACGAGGGGGCGGAGGAUCCAGAGGGUGCGGGUGGGGGCGGGGGCGGCGCCUCGGGGCGAGCAGCAUGUCGCGCGCAGCUGGCGGAGGCGGCCGCGGCGAUGCUCGAGCAUGUGGCGCCGGGGCCGAGGUCCCUGGGCGCCCUCCUGGCCCACCUGCAGUGGUCCUGA